AGGAAAAGCGCAGAUAGUAAUGGUUUCAAAAGUUUGCAAAUGCUUAUUUAUUAUAUACUGUCGCUUUAGACUUUGAAUAUAAACUUUUUAAGACGUUUAAACGUUUUUUAACUUCAAGCAAAUUUGAGACAGUCCGAAAUUAGCCAACUUGAAAUAUAGUGAUUUCAAUAUGCAUAUACGGUAAAAUGUUCCUUUACUAAAGUCAGUUUAACAAUGCUGAACAAGCUGAAAAUGUGGUGGUGGAGUAGCCAAGACAAAAUCUCGGUUGGAAGUAGACAUUCUCUCCCGCCAAAAAAUAAAUCCUUGGAAGGAUAUUUGGAGAAUAUAGAUGUUGAUGGAUGGAACUUGGAGGAGACGCACAAAAGAGGUUUAUGGUUUACUCAAAUGUCGUUCAGGUGGACGGGGUAUGAGACACGCAUGAAUGACAAGAAGACGAGGAAGACCGAACCAUAGAUGGGUAGAGGAAGUUACAGCUGACGCUUGGAACAUCCAAGUGCGCAGCUGGAUGGCGGCUGCACGGAACCAUAGCAAUUAGCGGAG